AUGGCGACCUCAAUGUUUGCGAUGCUGGCAACUUGCCUGGCAUUCCUCUCGUUACCUCAGUCUGCUGUUUCUCUGGGGAAAACAGACACCAUCACUUGGGGAGGCGAUACUUCCAGAUCCAACUACGAAACGAACCACAAUCUCGACCCUCGAACAAUUGCCAGCGCCGAUUUUGGGAAUAUCUGGACAGCUAAGCUUCCGGGCAACUUCAAUGGGAUAGGAGCGGAGCAAGUCUUGUCACAACCUUUGGUUUACACGACUGGCGAUGGUAUUCAAUAUGUCUUCGUCGCAACUACGCAGAACAAUCUCUACAAGAUCAACGCCAAGACUGGAGACAUUGUCGAGACUCGCAAUAUUGGUGUCCCCUUCCUAACUGCAGAUCUCGGCAACUGCAACGACAUUGCUCCAGCAGUGGGUGUAUCUGGGACUGGAGUGAUUGAUCCGUCAACCGGAUAUUGGUACUUGACCUCUAAGACUUACACUGACGACUUCCAAUCUGGCAACUAUAGUCCUUCAAAUUCGCCAGGUCGACAGAAUGGCCGCUACUACUUUCACGCCAUCGACACGGCCGACCUUUCUGAAGCACCAAACUUCCCCAGGCCUGUCCACCAUACUGUGUUUCGCAACAACCAAAAUCGGUGGCUCGUCGCAGGUGACCAACAUCAAAGACCAGCUUUGCUGCAAGUGGGAGACUUUAUCUACACUGGUUGGGCUUCUCAUUGUAUUCAAGGUGGUUUGGAACCGAACACUGUCUCUGGUGGCGGAGUCUGGAUGAGUGGUGGUGGUUUGGCCUACGACGGGGCAGGAGGCUUAUUCUUCUCCACUGGAAAUGGCUAUGCUUCUCAACUUCCAGCAGAUGGCCAUCCUGUCCCUGGACGAAACCCGCCCACCGCUUUAGAAGAAGCCGUUGUUCACAUGAAUGUCAACAGCGACGGCACAAUGUCACCAGUGGACUUCUUCAUGCCGUGGGAAAAGACGCAGCUCGACGGCGCAGACAAAGAUCUUGGUACAACUCCGUUCCAGUUGCUACCGUCUACAUUCACGUGUCCAAAUUCGAGACGCGUUGGAGUGAUCACUGGCAAAUCUGGGAAGACAUACUUUUUGAAUGUCGACAAUCUGGGAGGCUACCAACAAGGCGCCAAUAGACUGGAUGCGGCGAUCGCAGUCUUUCAGCACGAGAACUCGGUCUAUUCUGCUUCUGGUGUCAUGCCUCUGGGCAACUAUAUCUACGUUAACGUCAUAAACUACAAGACGAGGGUGUUUCAGUUCAGCUGCAAAAGCAACGGUGAUGGAGCGAUUACAGAGAUCACCACCGCUGCUGAGAAGAAUGCUCAAGCUCUAGGUGUCGGCCACGGCACCACAACUUCACUCGAUGGCCGCGCUGGGUCUGGACUGUACUGGACGACCGACGUUGAUGGCCAGGAUCUCCGAAUCUAUGAUGCCACACCACCAAGUGAUGGUAGUCCUUUGAAGCUGGUCAGAGGCUUCAAUAUACCAGGUCCAGGAAAGUUCGCCAAACCUGCAUUCGGCGACUCCAGGGCGUACGUUGGUGCUCGAGGUGCCUUGUAUGCGUACGGCUCCCCUGUCAACCUGCCCUUGAACUGCACCUCGCCUGUCGCAUUUCCUAAGACUUCUGUCAACGGUACUUCGGAUGCGCUCACCAUCAACUGUACCGCCAUUGUCGCCACCACUGUUACUGCCUUCAACAUCUCGGGCAAUCCCAACUUCGUCCUCGACAGUUUACCAACGGUGCCGUUCAACGUUGCUGUUGGGAAGUCGUUCUCUUUCCGAGCUCGCUUCUCCCCAGUCCAGAUAGGUCCUCUUUCGAGCGACGCAGUCAUCUCUACCACGAAUCAGGUCGCUGGAUCGGCAUCCAAGACUCCUGUGACACUGACUGGUACGGCCAACUCGGCUACCGCUCUGUUCGGCAUUCAACCAAUCACCGUAACAUUCAACUCAACCAUCGGCGCUGGACCAAUUCAGAAGAGCGUCUUCUUCAUCAAUGACGGCGAUGCUGCGUUGAAUGUGACCAAUGUGCAGUUCUCGACUUCGUCAGAGACAGGUCCAUGGAUCCAAGCCAACACUACUGGGGAUGGUCAACAAGUAGCCCAGUUCACCUUUUCCAACAUUCCGUCCACAAUCAGUGGCAACAGUCGACAGGCAGUAGGAAUCACUUACAAUCCGCCGUCUGCCGGCAAUCAUGUCGUGUUCGUCAAAGUCACCACUGAUGGCGGCAGCAAAGUCCUGGAUGUAUUUGGAACGACUGGCAGUUCACCUGGAGCGCUCUUCGAAUUUCAGCGUGCCGAUGGUACUGGUUGGGAUCAGUACACACCCGGGAAAAACUUCACUUUUGGCAACGUCUUCCCUGGUCAGGUACUCAACCUGGUGAUGCGAAUCACGAACAAUGGCUCGUCAACCGCUUCUCCGCUUGGUCUCACUGUCUCCAAGCCUCCUUUCGGGGUAUCAGGGUACCUGCGAGCCGCAAACAGCAUCGAUCUCGCGGAAGGAACACAGAUUCCAGCUGGCCAAUCUGCCAAUGCCACACUGUUCUGUGCACCGCCGGAGAGGCAAGUCAAUACUCCUUCGACCCAAGCUGGGGCUGGAUGGAGAAUCAACACCAAUACGGAUCAAGGAGCUGUCGUUCUUACCUUUGACUGCACUGCUGCAUCGCCUCAGGUGGGACCUUUUGUGUCAUCGACGAGCACUUCCACAACUAUAUCCGCAUCCACGACCUCAUCAACGUCGCUGACCAGCUCUUCGACUUCGACUUCAUCUUCGUCGACUCAGACUGGCCCAACAGUAGCACCGACUGCCGGUAUAUACUAUUCACUGGGCUGUUUCCAGGACAAAUCAGCCAAUCGUGCCUUGACUGAGGUAUACACGAACAAGAGCAUGACACCCGAACUAUGCGCGGCGGAGGCCAAACGUCGCACAUACAACUUCAUGGGUCUUGAGUACGGGCAAGAAUGCUGGAUGGGAGACAUUCUCAACACCACGAAGAGCCCCUCCCUCGCACAAACAAAAUGUAACACUGCAUGCCCUGGCGACAACUCAACCCUAUGUGGAGCAGGCAGCGCCUUGCAAAUGUACCAGGUGAAUAGCACAUUGAUCGUGCCCAAAACGAAUGCAACCUCGGGAGUUCCGCUUUCGUGUCCUUCAUCCGACGACACUGUAUGGACGGCUACAACAGGUGCUCGCUUCAGAAUUGAGUGCGGCUGGGAUCGGUCCGGAGGAACGUCGAGUGCGGUCACCACGGCCACGUACGAGGAUUGUCUCAAUGCUUGUGCGAAAACAUCAGGGUGUGGAGCUGUGGCGCUCAAAGGGAAGAGCUGCUACCUCAAAACCGGCACUCUAGGGACUGAGGUCAGGAAUGACAAUAUUAGAGGGGCGACAUUGCUUACGAAGUGA